AUGGCAGCGCGCCCGCCGCCCGCGCCCCCUGCCCGCGCCCUGCUGCUCGCCCUGGCCGGGGCUCUGCUCGCGCCCCGCGCGGCCCGAGGUAAGUCGCUGAGCCCAGGCGGCUCCCUGCCCGUCCCCCACCCCGGGGCAGCUCGCGCUGCGCUGGCGCAACGCCGAGUGCCGGGGCUGUCCCUAGACGCGACACACCUGGGCGUACCUGCGGAGCCCGGGGACUGGCGCUCCCAGCGCGCGGAGACCGACCCCCUCCCAGGUACCAAUUCCGGUGGGGGGAACGGGGUGCGGGAGGUCACCUGGCUCGGGACCCUCAGCAGCCAGCUCUGGGUCCACCCUCCACGAGGUUCCCUCGGGGGACGCGCACUAGCCGCGCAGAUAGUGACUGUGGAACCAGAAACCAACCCUCCUCCUAAUCCCCUGCCUACAGAAGAGGAGAAAACAGAAUCUAACCAGGAGGCUGCUAACCCAGAACACUAUAUUAAACAUCCUCUACAGAACAGAUGGGUACUCUGGUCUUUUAAAAAUGAUAAAAGCAAAACUUGGCAAGCAAACUUUCAGCUGAUCUCUAAGUUUGAUACUGUUGAAGACCUUUGGACUCUGUACAACCAUAUCCAGUUGUCUAGUAAUUUAAUGCCUGGCUGUGACUACUCACUUUUUAAGGAUGGUAUUGAGCCUGUGUGGGAAGAUGAAAUGAACAAGCGGGGAGGACGAUGGCAAAUGACAUUGAACAAACAGCCGAGACGAAGUGACCUCGAUCGCUUUUGGCUGGAGACACUGCUGAGCCUUACUGGAGAAUCUUUUAAUGACUACAGUGAUGGUGUCUGUGGAGCUGUUGUUAAUGUUAGAGCUAAAAGUGAUAAGAUAGCAGUAUGGACUACUGGAUGUGAAAACAGAGAUGCUGUUACACAUGUAGGGAGGGUACGCAAGGCAAGGUUAGGACUUCCUCCAAAGAUGGCGAUUGGUUAUCAGUCCCAUGCAGACACGGCUACUACGAGCAGCUCCACCACUAAAAAUAGGUUUAUUGUUUAA